CGGGAAAAGGAAAGAGGAGAAGAAAGCGGGACGUUCAGAAGCAGCUAAAUCAGUAUUUUUAUUUAUUUUGGUAAACUCUCAGAUUUAAGAUGAAGGUGGUAACCUGUGAGAUUGCCUGGCACAACAAGGAGCCAGUUUACAGUAUGGAUUUCCAACAGAAUGCUGAGGCCAGGAUAAACCGUUUGGCCACCGCUGGAGUGGACACCACUGUGCGCAUGUGGCGUGUGGAUACAGGACCAGACGGAAAGGCUGUAGUUGAGUUUCUGUCAAACUUGGCUCGCCACACUAAGGCAGUAAAUGUGGUUCGCUUUUCCCCAACCUCAGAGAUACUCGCCUCGGGUGGUGAUGAUGCAGCAAUUUUACUGUGGAAAGUAAAUGACAGUAAAGAGCCUGAACAGACCCCAGUGUUUCAGGAGGAUGAAGAUAAUCAGCAUAACAAGGAAAGCUGGAUUGUAGUGAAGACUCUCAGGGGACACAUUGAGGACGUGUAUGACAUCUCCUGGACAAGUGAUGGAAAGUUCCUAGUUUCUGGUUCAGUGGACAACACUGCCAUCAUGUGGGAUGUUCAAAAGGGUCAGAAGAUAUACAUCUUUAAUGAUCAUAAGAGCUACGUGCAGGGUGUAGCCUGGGACCCACUCGGCCAGUACAUCAGCACUCUUAGCUGUGACAGGGUUAUGCGUGUGUAUAGUGUGCACACAAAGAAAAGGGCCUACAGCGUGAGCAAGAUGACAUCGGGCUCUGCUGGAGAGGGAGAGGUGAAGAACUACAGAAUGUUCCACGACGACAGCAUGCGCUCGUUUUUCAGACGCCUCUCCUUCACACCAGACGGCUCGUUUUUGCUGGCACCUGCUGGGUGUGUGGAGACGGGAGAAAACGUCACAAACACCACCUAUGUCUUCUCUCGGAAAAGUUUCAAAAGACCAAUAGCCCACCUGCCUUGCCCUGCUAAAGCCACACUAGCUGUACGCUGCUGCCCUGUCUACUUUGAGCUUAGAACCAAGAAGGGAGAGGAUGGAUCAGAGCAACCGCUGCCCAACACAUUUCAGUUGCCCUACCGUCUGGUGUUUGCUGUGGCAUCUGAAGACUCAAUCUUCUUUUACGACACCCAGCAGACGCUGCCGUUUGGUUAUGUGUCCAAUAUACACUACCAUACCCUGAGUGACCUCAGCUGGUCUCGUGAUGGCUCUUUCCUUGCUGUGUCCUCCACUGAUGGCUAUUGCUCAUUUGUUUCCUUUGAGGAGCUAGAGCUGGGCACACCACUAAAAGAGCGACCACAACUAGAAAUGAUCACCCCGGUCAAUGCUGGUGAGAAAAAGAACAAGAGAACACCAGGCAGUGGCCGAACGGCCUCGCCUGUUCCCCGGCCCACCCCUUCACCCGUCACACAGGAGAAGGAGAAAGAAGCUUCCUCUGCUAUGCCUGAAGAUAAGAAGACACCACAAGGCCUGAAAGCCAACUCUAAGCCUAGACGCAUUACCCUCAACACACUGGAGGGUUGGAGCAAACCAAGCACCCCCAAAUCCCCAGCAACACCCACUGCACCUCCUACAAGCAGUCCUAGUGUACCCAAAUCUGCCCCUACCACUCCACUGCAUAGCUUGGGACCUCUCACUGCCCCAAGCACCCCGCUUACACCAGUCAAUGCCAAAAAUGCAACAACACCUAAGGGACCCACUCCCAGGCGAAUUUCUCUGACGCCAGUUAUCUCCAGAACUCCAGCUUCCGCCAAGACCUUUGUUACUCCCUCGUCCACAGAAAAAGCUAAACAUGGUAUGAAAACUAAACCUAAGAGGCCAUCUCCUCCAAAUGACCCAGUGUGCAAGCCACCUGAAUCCAAGCGCCCCAAGACAGAUGGAGCUCCAAGUGAAAGUAGCAACAACAGCACUGAGGCCUCAGCAGAGUCAAUUAUGGAUGCAUAAUUAGCAUGUAACGGGAACCAGAGCUCCUCAUGCUAAGCUCCUCAAAACGUUUUGUAUAUAAAGCUUCCUGGUGUUCAUUUAGUUAAACGUGAUGGCUUGGUCUUAGUACAGAAUCUAAGCAGCAUUCUAAUGACCGGCAGGAUUAAUGAUGUAUUUAUACCUUGUAUUCUUCAGUAAUGUUUAAAUGAAUUUUGCAAAAUGGUGUAAUUGGUUGUUUUUGUUGACUUCAUUGAACAGUGUCUUAUUGAAUACAAAAAAUAUAUAUAUAAAA